AGCCGGUAGGGCGCGGCCGCCCCCCUCUCGCGGCCUCCCCUCCCCCGCCUCCCCAGUGGUCGCGCCCGGCUCCAGCUGACCGGCCUGGCAUCCCGGCCGGGAGCCCCGCUCCCCCCCCGCCGCCGCCGCCCCGCGCACCGGCCCCGCCAUGGGAGACGCCGGCAGUGAGCGCAGCAAGGCGCCCAGCCUGCCACCGCGCUGCCCCUGCGGCUUCUGGGGGUCCAGCAAGACUAUGAAUCUCUGUUCCAAAUGCUUUGCUGAAAAAAGAAAUCCACACAACGAAAAAGAUUUCCAGAAGAAACAGCCAGAUGAUGACUCUACUCCCAGCACAAGCAACAGCCAGUCAGAUUUGUUCUCUGGAGAAACGAACAGUGACAACAGCAAUACCUCUCUAACCACGCAGGCCGCUAACUCCAACCAGCAACUUUUGACAGAACUGAAUGUAACUUCACCGAGCAAAGAGGAAUGUGGGCCAUGCACAGGUACAGCUCAUGCCUCGUUAACCACACCAACCAAAAGAUCUUGUGACUCAGAUUCACAGUCGGAGAGUGAGGCUUCUCCUGUGAAACGGCCACGGCUACUGGAUGACAGUAAUGACAGGCCUGAAGAAACCAGUCGAUCCAAACAGAAGAGUAGACGCCGAUGCUUCCAGUGCCAAACAAAACUGGAGCUAGUACAGCAGGAACUGGGAUCAUGUCGCUGUGGUUAUGUGUUCUGUAUGUUACAUCGCCUGCCCGAACAACACGACUGCACGUUUGACCACAUGGGACGUGGGCGUGAGGAAGCCAUUAUGAAAAUGGUGAAACUGGAUCGGAAAGUAGGGAGAUCUUGCCAGCGCAUUGGCGAAGGAUGUUCCUGAGUGCAAGACUGCAACCAAAUGCUGUUCUCUUAGUUCACUAAUGUUAGCCUUAUUUAGGACAAAGUCAGCCAGACACCUUGUACUAGGCAAGUUUCAGACUACAGCCAAUCAGUUUCCUUUCUUUAGCCAACCGUCCUGGUACUGUAGUUUAGGGGUUGAUGGUGGUUGAAAUUGAUUUCUGGCUGGUUACUAAGGUGCCUGCUAGCCACCGUGUAAAAACAAAACAUGAAGAAAUAUUAUUUUUGAGCAUGGCUAGUGGAUUUAAACAAAAGGAGAAAAAUCCAAAGGCUUCUGUUAUUGCUGGAGUCACUCUAAAAGCCUUACGCUGGAAACAUUCCAGCUGCAGAGUUAAAACAAAUAGUUGUAUAGAAGCUGGUGUAAAAGUUUGCUAUGCACACAGCUUUCGGGCAAACUUUCAUGUGCAGCCUUUCACCUCUUCACUGCUAGUGAAUCCUGAGGAGGUGAAAUACUACUAAGAGCAGCAACUGCAGCUGCUUAAGCCCAGAAGACCUGACUGGUCACUCGUGCCUUCAUCGCGUGUGGCUUUUGAGUUAGGCAGUGUCACCAGCAUCAGGGAUUCUGUUGGGGUAGGAACAUCUUUCUGGUUCUUCCCAGGAAGCCAAAAAGAAAGGGGGACAGAGAUUCUUAUGAAAAAUUUUUAUAUCUAUCUUAGUGUAAAGAACCUAUCAGGGUUUGUUGUUUUGGUUUUUUUUUUCCUUUCUUCUCAGUUAAAUUAUGAUCUCACUUUAAAGCCAACUCCAUCCCAGAGCAGUAAAUGGUGCAUACUUUUUUUCACGGCAUCCACAGAGAUUCUUCAAGUUGUGGGAACAGAUUCCACGUACCUUGAGCAGUGCAGCCAUUCCCACUGGCUGAAACCUGAUUGGCUCUUGUUUGCCUUUUGCUAAGUGCAGGUAUCUGAUAAUUGAUCAAAUAAGGCUAAUUCACAGCACAGUAGCCAUGGCUGGAUUCUACAGACUGACUUUCUGUAGCUAGACUUAUAUAUUGGGGGGGAAAAAAAAAAGGACAUUUUGUAGCAAACGGAAUUCAGUAACAGUAUUGGGGAACAACCGGUAAGACACCCUUGAUCAGAUUGAGUUUGUGUUCCUCACUUCCAGAGUGUCAAUGAGAUAAUCAGAUGGGCUCUAGCAGCCCCGUUUCUAUGCAGCUGAACGCUCUCAUGAAAAUCUCUGCCCAGAUCUAUUGCAAAGCAAGUAUAGCAAGUGAAUGUGAAAAGCAUUACAUGGAGUAGAACAUUUUGGAUCUGUUUAGACCUAUGGUUCCGCGUUAUGAUAUGUCACGUUGAGCUGAGCUGAAUCACACCAGUCUUGUCAGUUUAGAGACAAAAAAAAAGCAAACAUGGUAUCAGUACGUCUCCUGCUGCACGCAGAGCUUAUACAGGUAAAAAGGAUUUGUACUGACAUGGCCUAGCUUAAUCCUGAGUGAAUUUAGCUUCUCUGUCUAUUAGUAAGGAAAUAACAACUAGGUAAAAUUGUAAGAAAUCCUGAGGGAGGGAAAGGUUUUUGUCUCAUCUUCAAAUACUGGGCAGAUACAAAACAUCAGAAGGGUGAAGUAAUGUGUCACUUGAAAAAUCCCAGUGUUUUGGGACUAAGCUUGUGUGACUCAUCCUCCAUUCUACUUGUUACAGGUAACUAACUCCUUAUAGGCCAAAUCAUAUUGUUUUGGUAGCCAGGUAGGAGCAUUUAAUAAGGAGACAACUAAUUGUAAAAGAAAAAAAAAAAAUAAUAUAUAUAGGUCUCUCCACACACACACACUCAGCAUCUUACUGUAUUAGAGUUAAUUAACCAUGAAGCAAAUCAGAAGUGUCCCAUCAUUAUGAGAUGCAAGCUAAUAGGCAAGCUGUUUGUUUUUUUUUUAUUAUUAUUAUCGUUGUUAUUCGAGAAUAUGAAACCAGCAGCAAAACCUUCUGUAAUGUGCUGCAUUUUCAGGAAAUGGUCCUGGUGAGAGGGACUGUCAAAAGGACUGUCAUUUACAUUUGCCAUGAGCAGUUCAAAAAAAGCAUGGAUUUUGGCGGCUGCUGUGAUACGCACUUUCUUUUCCUACAAAAAAUCCUACCAUAGCAUUUGAUGGGCAUUCUGAUUGAUACAGAAGACUUUUCUGCAUUAAUACUGAAGAUGCUAUUUUGUUCCUCUUUAAUAUUCUCUUUAAUCUUGUUACAAGUGCACAGAUGGUUUCAAGGUGGCUCUUGAGAGAACACUAGUUAAAGUUCAUGUGAAUUAUGGACAAUGUUCACUUUAAACAAAAAAGUUGGGGAGGGGGUUGUUCCUUUGCAGUAUCUGUUCUGUGAAGUUUGUUAAACGUAAAGAAAGCUUAAGUUCUUGUAUCUUAAAAGAAGAUCUUAUUUAACCCUUUUGUGUUCUAGAUUUACUUACACAUGUAGCCUAGAGCUCAGUUUUAGUUUAACAUUGUGAAAAUAUUAAAGAAUCUUGUAACUUUAUUCUUUUUCCUCCUGCUAAAAAAAAUUAAACCAAUCAGAUUAAAGUUUGAAUUCCUUUCUGCCUA